AAAGAGCAUCCGAUCUCUCACAGGAAAUUUCUAGAGUGGUUCUAAAACAAGAACCAAUCAUAAACGCUGAUAGGAGUGUCAUAAGCAUCCAUCUUGUCUAGAGUUUAUUUCCUGUUGAGGAAUUGCAGUGCUCGACGUUUCAGUAGUAGGAACAUCCCGUUAAUACAUACUUUGCAUCGCUUUUUCCAACAAAAAGGUCACUGAGUAUGCUCUGAGAUCAAACUAGACAGAAAUGUCGACGAUUCAGAGCCCAGUAGAUGAAUAUGGCUUUCAUAGGCCAGAUGACUUCGACUAUUCAAGUUAUGAAGAAUUUAUGUCAAGUUACAUUAGGGUUUUGGCACACCGAGCCUCACGCUGGGAUGACUUCAUGAAGGGCGUGAAUAAAGUCAGAAAGUCAAGAAGAGUUAAGAGGUUUGUAAGGAAAGGUAUUCCUACAGGACUUCGAGCCCAGGUUUGGGUGGACACCAGUGGAGCAAGGAAGAAAAUGAAGUUAAAUCCUGGCAGCUAUCAAAAAUUACUAGCAGAAAAUACAACGAUUGAUGAAAUGACCAUGCACAGCAUACAAACAGAUAUUGAUCGCACCUUUCCAGAUAACAUUCGCUUUUCUAGUACACAAGAUGACCUGAGGCCAGCCUUGUUAAAUGUGUUGAUUGCCUAUGCCAAACACAAUCCUAGAAUAGGAUAUUGCCAAGGUCUAAACUAUAUUGCUGGAUUGAUGCUUCUCAUUGUUAACAAAGAAGAAGCUGCAUUUUGGCUUUUAGAUGUUAUUGUUGGGAAUCUGUUACCAGAUUAUUAUGCCAAGGACAUGCUUGGUUUACAAAUUGAACAAGAAACACUUCGUGAAGUAGUCAGAUUAAAGCUACCAGCUUUGUUUGAGCAUAUAGAAAAACUAGGUGUAUCAUACACAAUCUUCUCUACCAAGUGGUUCAUCUGCCUGUACAUCGAUGUGCUACCAAUUGAGACAGUACUUCGCAUCUGGGACUGCCUGUUUUAUGAAGGAUCAAAAGUGAUUCUUAGAGUGGCACUGACACUAUUGAGUCUUAAUGAGGAAAAACUAAUGAAUUGUCAUGAUUUUGCUCAGCUUUGCACAGCUAUGAAGGAGAUUACCAAGGGGCCUGCAACAAUGGACUGUCAUAGUUUUAUGGAGCACUCAUUCCACAUGCCAGGCUCUUUUUCAAGAAAAUGGAUAAAAGAGCUGCGAAAAUCUGCAACAGAGAAAAUAUCAGCAGAACAACAAGCAAGACAACGGUUUACAUGAAGUGAUCUUUUAUCCAUAGAUGUCAUUAUCUUGGGAUGAGUUUCUUGUGGGAUGUGAAGUCUUCAGAAAUUUGCAGAAAGAGAUAAAUUUGAAGAACUAACUUUUACCAUUCUCUAGAAACUACUGCCUUUACAUAAUUAAGAGUAAAUUUCACUAAAAUACAAGUAAGACAAACAUUUUUAAGAUGAAAUUAAUAUAUUAUUAAUAGCAUCCUCUCUUUUGAUCAUUUGAGUAUAAAUGAAAUGAACAAACUAAAACCAAAAGACUGAAAAUAGUUGAUGUCAAAAAUAUUGAGAAAUCAGCUAUUUCAAGCUGCACAAAGCAAAGAUUAGUGCAAAUAAAGGCAAAUAAAAUGUAAAUGGGUUGUUUUUAAAGAAAUGUAUCUUGUAGCAAACAAGCAACUGUGUAACAAGAGACAAGCUAGAGAGCAAAGCUACUAAAUCUUUAACCCUGUAACUCCCAAGAUCUGAUUGUUAAUUCUCCCUUCUAGCUGCUACACAUUUCCUUGUAAUUUAGUUAUGAAAACUUAGUGUUAGAUCAAGAUAGUAGCUUCUACCUGAUAAGAUUUAAUAUCCUCAUCACCUGUUUGCUGAAUAAUGUACGGAUAUUGUAGGGAGAAUUUUUAUGUUAAUCACUUCUGGGAGUGAAAGGAUUAAGAAUUUGUCCACAAGCCAUUUAAACUAAAACUUUUACUUAAGAAAGGCAUUUUUUUGCCAUAAAUAUAUCUUUCUCCAAUCAUAUUUUUAAAAUGAUCUCAGACUCUUCCACAUGUUAAUAGACAAGAUUGUGUAAUCUUUACUUUGAUAUUUAUUUUGCAGUGAUUGUGAAUUGUUACACAAGAAUAGUAUUGCUUUAGUCUGUAAUUUAGCCAUACUAGUCACAGUGAUUGUCGUAUUUUAAAUCAGUUGAAAUAUUGCAAUCUAAUACAAUAUAAUUUUUAACUGUGCACUGUACUUCUGUUGUAUGGGAUUCUCAGGCACUACUGUGACAUCUAAGAGACUAUUUUGCAACUGUGACUGUAGAGAUCCAGCCUUUCACUUUGGUUUUCAAGUAAUUGUUUUUAAUCAUUUUAAAAGAAGAACUUACUUGUGAAUUGCUUCAAGAAGGCAAAGGCUUAUACAUGAUUGUGGUUACACUUCUUCUGUAUCCACUUAAAAGAUUUUUCUUUUUUUUGUUUCUUUAAUUUUUGGUUUUUGUUAAUUUCAGUUAAGUACAACCACAAAUACAGGGAAUUGUAUUUUCCUUUAAGUCUUUUUUUUUUUUGUUUAAAUUUGAAUUUUGUAAUUAUUAUUUACCUGAGGUCAGGGUAAAUUUCUGUGAAAAAUUAUCUAUUUCAUGCUGGUUGUGAAACAGAAUUGAAUAAAAAUGACCUUUUUCUUGAAUGAUUUUAAAGUUA